AUGGCGACGACAGUGGACUCGGUGGUCGGUAGUUGUCGAAAGGUGGUUGGUAGUCGUCGAAAGGUGGUUGGGGUGUUAUGGAGAUUGAAGAACUUUGUCUUAAACCUUCCAACAGAGAAAAAUUGGGAUGGUUCUUACCUCUAUCAAUACCAAGGGUUUUGGUGUCCAUCUAGGCACAUUCAUGGCACGAUCUCUUUUCAGAGGCGCUUCCAAGCACAAGAUACAGACAUAAUAUUAACGUCCUUUCCCAAAUCUGGCACCACUUGGCUAAAGGCCCUCACCUUUACAAUCGUCAAUCGAUUUCGCUAUGAAUUAAAAGAUAGUCCUUUGCUGACUACAUCCCCUCAUGAUCUGUUACCUGUAAAUCAGAUUCAGCAUUCAACGCACAAUCAAACCCCUACUCUUGAGGAAUUUCCUACGCCAAGGAUUUUCGCAACUCAUAUCCCAUAUGCUUCACUUCCGGUUUCCAUUGUUAAUUCUAAUUGUCGUAUUGUUUAUGUAUGUAGGAAUCCCUUGGACCAGUUCAUCUCCAAUUGGCAUUUCCUACUCGAACUUCGAGAGCAAACCAAGGAGCCGAUUUCAUUAGACGAAGCUUUCGAGAUGAUAUGUAAUGGAAUCCAAGCUUUUGGCCCCAUUUGGGAUCAUGUGUUGGGGUAUUGGAAGGCCAGCGCAGAGAAACCACAUAAAAUAUUGUUCUUGAAAUAUGAAGAUCUGAAAGUUGGCAUCAACUUUUAUGUUAAGAAACUAGCAGAUUUCUUAGGAUGUCCUUUCUCUAAAGAAGAAGAAAGUCGAAAUGUGAUUGAAGAAAUAUCAAAAUUCUGCAGUUUCGAUAACAUGAAAAAAUUAGAAGUGAAUAAAAAUGGUAGACUCAAUGACGGGAUUAAAACUAAAGUCUUCUUUAGGAAAGGGUUGGUGGGAGAUCAUACAAAUUAUUUAAACUCCUCAAUGUCAGAGCGCCUGGACAAGAUACUAGAAGAGAAAUUGGGUGGAUCUGGUUUCACAUUCAAAAAACCAUAGAUGUUGUAAAAGGAUAUAUAGUAUUGUUUAGUGAUGUUUGAUUAUCAAUCUUCUUUAUGUAUUUGCAUGAUCGAAGUAGUUUAUUUAUAAAUUUUCCUUCAGUUAAUCCCAUAUCCCAGAAUCCAAACAAUCUCACAUGUUGUCUUUGCCAUGGCUUUGUAUUCUGCCUCUGCUGAAGAAAGGGAUACAGUUGAUUGUUUCUUUUUUUUUUUUUCCAA